UUAACAACACCACACCGUAGAAUCGCGUCAUAGCUCGAAGCACAUCAUCGUGUUAGUCAACUUGUAUUCUUAUCUGCGUAUUGAUUUGUUCUGCAACGUACAAGAGAUCUCGUAAAAUAUUUACGUGUUCACUGUUUAAUAUUGUUUAUAUAGGCGCAAACUGUAGUCAUGGCGGACGUUUUGGAUAUUGACAACGCUGAGGAGUUCGAAGUUGACGAUGAAGGCGAUCAGGGUAUCGCUCGUCUUAAAGAGAAGGCAAAGAGAAGGAAAGGUAGAGGCCAUGGUGCUGAAUUAGUAUCCACAAGAGAUGAUGUGGGUCAUUAUGAAUCCAUGAAUAUGGUUGAAGAAGAUGAUAAUGAACCUGGCCCACAAAGAUCUGUCGAAGGAUGGAUUUUGUUCAUAAAUUCUGUACAUGAAGAAGCACAAGAGGAUGACAUUCAGGACAAGUUUUCUGAGUUUGGCCAGAUCAAAAAUUUGCAUUUAAAUUUGGACAGAAGGACAGGGUUUUUGAAAGGUUAUGCAUUGGUGGAAUACGAAACUUUUAAGGAAGCCCAAGCUGCAAAAGAAGCUUUGAACGGCACAGAGAUUUUGGGACAAGCUAUCUCUGUUGAUUGGUGUUUUGUAAAAGGACCAAAGAAAAUCAGAAAAAGGAGUCACAGAAGGCGAUGAGAGUCAUGCAAAAUAUAUUCAUAAUUAUAAUAUAUUAUGUCUGACUAAUUCUAUAUAAGAUAAACUUUUAUAUUUGAUAAAUCUGUAAAUCCUCCAAGGUAAUAGAAACUUUUCCCAUAAAAGUUGUUUUUUGUGUUUAG